ACCCCCCCCCUCCACCUGCACUGCUGUUGGACUCCUCAGCAAUGUCGCUUUUUUUUCCAUCUGUCUCUCUCUUCUCUUCUCUUCUCGCUCUCUCUCACUCGUUUUUUUUGUUUUGAUCUUCCUCUAAGUGCACCCAUCUUUUCCAUCCCUUCACUCAUGUGCAUGCCACCUGUCCGUCACCUCCGCAGACCCGCCUCCCCCUCCUCCACAGCGGCCCAUCUCUGCCCAGAACACCUGGAAUCUCGAUCAGCAAGUCCGCCUCAAAUCCCCAGGCAUGCUGUUGUGAUUGGCUGCCCUAAAUUCCAGUUGCCCCUCCCCCCCUCAAGUAUUUUUAUCCCCCCCCCCCCCUCUCCCUCCGUGCUGCCGGGGGAAACACGUGCGUGUGGAGAGCAGAGGACGCUGCAACCUCGGCCAGCUCGCAGCUCUGCAGAGGAGAGAGGAGAGGAGAGGAGAGGCUGGGCUCGAUUGUGUCCACUGCUGCAGUGCUGCUGCAGUGCAGGCCGGCUGGCUAGGCGGGGUUUAACCAGUCAGUGUGCAGCAUCCACCGUUUAAAGAGACCUCCGAUGGAUUGUCGGCAAGGCUAGCUCGUGUGUCUGUUCAGAACAAAAGGAAGGCUAGGACGUGUAGUUGCGUGUGUGUAUUUGUUUGUUUUGCGUGUUUGUUUGUUUAUUUAUUUGCGCUGGCACAAGGCCACAAAUGAUGGCAUUGCUGCACCGUGCUGUAUUUUUGGGACUGCGCAGAUUCAGAUUCAGAGGCGCACUGAAGCAGCAGAGAAGGUGCAGUCAUCAGUUCUGUUCUGCGCCCCAGAGCUAGAGCAAGACACAUGCGCGCACACACACACACACACACACGGACACACACACACGCACACGGACACACGGACACACUGAAGAAGCAAGCAGGGAAACGAGCACUUCCCCCUCGGGGGUUCACAGGAGAGAUAAGGAUGCUUUAUACGGAAACCAUCUGGAAGAAACAUUCCCAUAAGAGUCAGUCUCUCUCUCUCUCUCUCUCUCUUUCUCUCUCUCUCUCUCGCCCUCUCUCUCUCUCUGGUUCUCUACCUCUAUUUCUGUCUCUCCAACUCCUGUAUUAAGUAGACCCCUUUUUUGUAGCGUAAUUAGCUUAGCAUAACGCACCAGUCGGUACAGCACUAGCCUGCAGCAGUCUGAAUCACAUGUCUCUGACACGGUCUAAAAAACGGGGAUGGCUUUGAAGGUGGCAACUCACUAUUGGACCCUUUUAAAAAAAAAAAAAAAAAAAAAAAAACACAACCUCUUCGGCCAUUUGAGGGCAAAUGCAUUGCGUGCACAGUCACCAGGUGUGUCCACAACAGGGCGGAGAUGGCGCCGCGGGGGGUGCGGCGGGCUCCUAUUCGGGUGACCGAACCACCUUCAGGCACUAACACCACUUCCUGUCGCCCCUGUCUCCCGAGCCAUUCAGCCAAUGCCUUGCCUGCGUUGCCCCUCCUCCACCCUUCCUCGUUCAGUCCAUGCCAUGGCACUCAACGAGUUCCUCUUCUUGUCUGGUUAGAUGACCCUUGACCCCUUGUGCAUCACGGCUGUGUGCUCAUCUCUCUGUCGGUCAUCCAGCGAGCUGAAUGGCUCUCACCACUUUUCCUGUGCUCAUGGGUCGACUAACACCAAACCGCCCUCGUCCCCCUCCAACCCCCUUUGUUGAUGAUUAACACCAGAUGCAUGCUGGGUAGUUUUGAGUUUUGAGUCUUCUCCCUCUCUUUUGUUUUUGUUGACUUCCUUCACCUCUCCGUGUGGACCUGCGUUGGUUUUUGCUGUUAUUUUUUGUUGUGGUUAGCUGUAAAUGAGCUUGGAGUCCUGAGAGCCUUUUUUUCUGUGUUGUGCUGAAUGAUGAUGAUGAUGAUGGUGAUGAUGAUGAUGGUGAUGAUGGUAAUGAGGAUGAUUGAUGUGUGCUCUGGUGGGAAAGCUUUUUUCCUUUUUUUUGUUUCUCGCUUUUCAUCUCUCUUUUUUGUUCCAUGUCUCUGUCUGCGCCGACUUAUUACCGGACAUCUGAGUAUCAAACAUGCUCUCCCUCCCUCCCUCCCUCUCUCCCCUACCUCCACCUCUCUUCUUUUGCACACACACAGGGCCUUGGUGUGGUAGCCCAAGGCCUUUCUCACCCCCCCCCCCACCCCCACCCUUCUCUCCCUCUCUCACAUAUCUUUUCUGUCUCUCUCCCUCCAUCUCUCACUCUUUCAUGUCAUUGUGACCACAUGAUGUGACCACUUCUGUUGUCGUUGUUGUUGUGCUCAUAGUCUUCAGUCCCCCUCCCCCUCCUCUCUCUCUCUGUGUCUGUCACAUUGAUUUGCCUCUCGUUUGUUGUCUGUCUGGCUAAUGCACCUGUGUUGUUGUUCCUUCUCUCUGAUUCUGUGUGUUGUUGUGUGUGUUUCCGUCUGUGUGGUGCUUCAUAUAUGUAUGCGUCCUGCUAUACGUAUAUAAGCUCCUGUGUCGAGGGGGCGGCAGAGGGCUCCAGUCUUAGACGCACCCCAAAGACACUCUCUCUCUGUCUCUCUGUUUCUCCCCCCCCCCCCCUCCACUAAUAGAAGCGAGGCUAGGAUGGAUGCAUUACACAGAUUUAACUGAUAGAAAGACGGAUAGAGGUGUAUGCACCUAGACAGACUAGUCGCCUCUCUUCCUGUUGUUCAACCUCUCUUCCUCUACCUCCUCCUCCUCUUCCUCCUCCUCCAGCUUUGUGCCUCCACGUCUGUGUGUGUGUGUGUCUCUCUCUCUCUCUCUCUUUCUCUCUCUCUCACACCUGCUCCUCUUCCUCUGAUGAAGGGUAACAAUCACUCAGGAGUGUAGGUGUGGAGGAGCAGGAGGAGGAGGAGGAGGAGGAGGAUGAUUAUGGUCUUGGUGAUGUAUAGGAUAAUAUUAGCUGUGUUGCUUUGUGUGUGUGUGUGUGUGUGUGAGAGAGUGUGUGUGUGUGAGUGAGAGAGAGCGAGAGAAAGACUGUGUGUGUAUGUAUUUGUGUGUGUAUGUGUGUGAGAGAUUGUGAGUGUGAACAUAUCUGUGUGUGCAGGGAAAGCUUCUCUUAUUAGUGGAAUAUUUCUGGUCUCUCUCCCCUGUGUCCCCCUGGCAGGAUAACAUCGGUCACCGGCUCCUGCAGAAACAUGGCUGGAAGCUGGGACAGGGCCUGGGCAAGACCUUACAGGCAUUAUGAUCCUGGCCAUGUUGUGCUGAUGGUAAACUUAGUGGCCGGACGGACCCUGUGCCCAUCACCCUCAAAUAUGACGUCAUGGGGAUGGGACGCAUGGAGAUGGAGUUGGACUAUGCGGAGGAUGCCACAGAAAAGCGUAGAGUGCUGGAAAUCGAGAAAGAGGACACAGAGGAGCUGCGGCAGAAGUACAAGGACUUUGCUGAGAAGGAGAAGGCUAUUGCCAAAGCUCUGGAAGACCUGAGGGCUAACUUCUACUGCGAGCUAUGUGACAAGCAGUACACAAAACAUCAGGAGUUCGACAACCACAUCAACUCCUAUGACCACGCACACAAACAGAGGCUGAAAGAGCUGAAGCAGAGGGAGUUUGCGCGGAAUGUGUCGUCUCGCUCCCGGAAAGGGGGCAAGAAGCAGGAGAAGAUGCUGCGGAGGCUGCACGAGCUGGCCGAGCAGAGGAAGCAGCAGGACCGGACUCCUGGCAGCGGCCCCAUGUUCAAGGCCACUACAGUGGCUGUGGACGGUGAGAAGGGGGAUGAUAGCGAAGCCUCCAAUCCAGACGGCGUCCCCAUGGUGACAGACAGCCCAGCCGAAAGCACGACAGUCGAGGAGAAAGUAAACCAGGGCUCGCCGCGGCCCGGCCCAGCCAUCAGCUUCUCCUUCAGCAAGCGCAGUGGCUCUCCGAGCACCCAGGGGGCGACGGUGCCGGUGGCCGCGGCGGCGUCAGCGGCGUCGCAGGCACCCAAGGUCAGCGUGUCCUUCUCUUUCGCCAAGAAGGCCCCGGUGAAGCUGGAGACAGUCGCCUCCUUGUUCACCGACCCAAGGGAGGAGGUGCUGGAGGGUGAGGAGGGCCAGGAGGAAAGCACAGGCAGCGCCGGCAGUGCCGGUGAGAAGCCAGCCGCGGAGACCGAGACGGCAGUGGCCGGGGCUAGCACUGAGAGCACGGCAGCUUGUGUUGCUACAGAAACAGCGGCAGCAACAGUGUCAGCAGCAGCAGCAGCAGCAGCAGACACGGCGUCAGGCAGUGAAGACCAGGCGGCAGCCGACGAUGGCGCUUCACUUGCGUCCACGCUCAACAAACUGAAGAUGAUGAUGAAAAAAGAGGAAGGCUACGCCGGGCAAGAGCCGCAGUAUUACCACUACACGCCGCCCGCACAUUGUCGAGUCAAGCCUCACUUCCAGUUCCUGCUGUUCAUGAAGGCCUCGGACCAAUGUCCGAUCCCCGACGGAGAGGACGCGACAGAGGAGAACGGGAAGAAAGCCGCACCAGUGGAGAGCGAGCCACCAGCAGCAGCAGUAGAAGAAGCAGCAGCAGCAGCACCACCACCAGCAUCAGACGUGGAAAAAAAAAAAAAAGUAACAGAAGGGAAAGAAGGGACUGGUGACACAGCAGACAAGGAGACCACACGGAUGAAGAGCCCACAGCCCACGACCACCAGCUGCAAACCUGAGAGAGAACCCGAGAGCGAGAUCACAUUGAGCAAGCCCACAGAGCCCACUCCAGCCUCCUCCUCACCCAAAGUGAAAACAGAGAAGAGUGAAGAAGGUUCCGGAACCCCCACAUCAUCUGCCCCUGCCCCUCCUGUGGCACCAGCAGCAGGAGACGCUCCCAAUCCCGAGGGCCCUCGGAUACCGUCGGGCCCCUUCUUCCCAGUGCUGAGUAAAGACCAGAGCACCACUUUGCAGUGGCCCUCGGAGCUGCUGGAGUUCACCCGCGCACAGCCCGCCCUCUCGUACAGCUGCAACCCCCUCUACUUCGACUUCAAGCUGUCCCGCUGCCGGGCCGCCAACAAAAACGCCAAAGCAGUAGGCAGCGGGGAAUCCAAACAGGGCAAAGCCGGGACUGGCGGGGAAAGUCAGGACCCAAAGCAGGAUAAUCUGGACAGUGCCCCCUCGACGAGCCAGUCGGACCCAGCAGCGAAGCCCACAGAACCGGACCAGUCCAGCCUGAAGCCAGCAGGGGGCGAUCAGCAGGUGCAGGACCUGGAGGCCGGAGGGUCCAAGAAGAAGAAGAAGAAAAAGAAACACCGGAAGGGCAAGCAUUCCAAACGCAAGAACAAAGAGAAAAGCGGGGAGGCGGCAGAGGGCGAAGGAGAGGCCGGGGCACCGGCGGAGAAGACCAAAAAGAAGAAGAAACACAAACGAAAGAAGAGUAAAAACAAGCGAUCUGGAGAGGAGGAGGAUGGGGAUGGAGUAAAGGAGGUAGAGAAGGAGAAGGAGAAGGAGAAGGAGAAGGAGAAGGAGAAGGAGAAAGACAAAGACAAAGAUAAGGACAAAGAUAAGGACAAAGACAAGGACAAGGACAAAGACAAAGAUAAGGACAAAGAUAAGGAUAAGGAGAAAGACAAAGAUAAAGACAAAGACAAGGAGAAAGUCAAGGAGAAGGAGAAGGAGAAGGAGAAGAAGAAAGAUAAAGAAGAAAAAGGAACCACUCCUCCCGAGCCUUUGGCAGGGAGUUCCACGGCCACUGAGGCGAAUAAGAGGAAGCGUCCGCUGAAGGAGAGUUCGCAACGUUCCACUGGAGAGGAUGGGAAAGCCGGCGUCUCGGAGGAGCACAACGGUACCAAACGUGCAAAGGUAGAACCUCGCGUUCCCCCGACAUCGUGCUCGGCCUCUGCCCAGCGAGGGGGCUCUGGGCACGGCCGUCCUCCCAGCAGUGAGAGCGAGGAGGAGGGUGGGGGCUCUCGGUCCAAUACCCACCGCCGGCGAUCCCGCUCCCCACGCGACCAGAGUCGGCGUCAGCGCAGCGAGGACUCCGCUCGCUCCCGCAGUCGCUCCAGCCGGCACGGUGACCGGCAUGGCCGACGUCACCAUCACCACCACCGCAGCCAGUCGUACUCGAGUAGCUCCGAGCGCUCUUCGGCCGGCAGCAGCUACAGUCGCCGCAGCCGCCGCUACUCUGACAGCUACAGCGACUACAGCGCCGGUGAGCGGCGCGCUCGGUCCAGCCAGCGACGUCGACGCCGCCGUCGUUCCUCCAAGCGCCACUCUGACUCGGGAUCGGGCUCCGACUACGAGCGCCGCAGCCGCUCCCGGCGGCAUCGCUACUCGUCGACGUCCUCGUCGUCGGCCUCGCGCUCGCGCUCCCGAUCGCACGGCCGCGGCAGCAGCAGGCGGCGCCGGAGACGCAGCAGCUCGCGGAGCUCCAGCAGCCGCAGCCGGAGCCGAAGCAGCAGCGGCGGCCGGCGCUCGUGGCGCCGCAGCUACAGCCGCAGUUCGGUCUCGUCCGUCUCCAGCCGCGGCUCGCCUGCGCCCCGGAGCCUCAGCUCGACGCGCCGCUUUAACCGCACCAGUAUCUACCGCUCGCAAUCGCCGCGAGGCUCCUCCGGACGCGCAGGGGCAGGACGCACCGGUGGCUCGCUGGGCGCACGGAUGUCGGGCGGGAGUGAGGGACGGACCUCUCUCACGGCUCGACAACUGCUGGACAAGAUCCAGUCCCGCAAGGGCUCGGACGAACUGGGCUCGGGCUCAAACAAACUUGGCGGCAAAGUCAAGGACCCUCCGCAGGGCUACUUUGGACCCAAGUUGCCCCCAUCUUUAGGUAGCAAAGGCAUGCUGCCCCUAUUUGGCAAGCUGCAGGCAGGUAAGAAGCCGUCUCUGCUUCCCCUGACUCGGCCGGAAGACCCAAACAAAGGCGCUGGGAAGAGCUCCGAGGCAGCAGGGGAGGUCAUCCUGGUAGAGCAAAUCAGGGAGUUUCCCCCUCCUCCCCCGCCUCCUGCUCCUCCAGCCCAAAAACAACAACAACAACAGCAGCAAAAGCAGAAGCAGGAAGAAAAUCCCCCUCUAGCAACCAACUCCUCCUCUGAGGAGCCCCAGGCCCACCCUGAGCCUCAACUGUUUGAGCAGGAGCCCGUUCUUCUGAUCCCGCCCUUCCAGGGUGGUGAGCAGGCCCCCGACCCGACGGCCCCCAUCAUGGAGCGCCUGAUGGGGGGGCCGCAGCCCGGGGCCAUGCACCCCUACUCCGGCGGCUACGUGCCCCCCAGCAUGGACGAGGAGGAGCUGGGCAUGGAGGCGGAGGAGGACGGCCUGGCGCCGCUGGAGAGCCAGCCGAUCACCUUCACGCCGGAGGAGAUGGAGAAGUACAGCAAGCUGCAGCAGGCCGCCCAGCAGCACAUCCAGCAGCAGCUGCUGGCCAAGCAGGUGAAGACCUUCCCGUCCGCGGCAGCCGCGGCGCAGGCGGCGCACAACCUCGUGGCCGCCGCCAACCUCCAGCAGGUGGCGCCACCGCCUCCCCCGGCGGCGGCACUGCAGCAGAUCCACAUCCACCAGCAGCAGCAGCAGCAGCCGGCCGUGUCGGCGGCCUCGGCCACCUCCAUCACCACGGUGCAGCACGCCAUCUUGCAGCACCACGCGGCGGCCGCCUCCGCCGCCAUGGGCCUCCACCCGGCGCACCAGGCGCACCACCAGCUGCAGGCGCACGCCCAGCUGGCGCAGGUGCACCACAUCCCGCAGCACCACCUGACGCCCAUCUCGCUCUCGCCGCUCGGCGGACACUCGCUCGGCGGACACUCGCUCGCCGGACACUCGCUCGCCGGACACUCGCUGGGCGGACACUCGCUGGGCCACUCGCUGGGCCACGCUGGACUCAUCCCCGCGCACCACACCGCCUUCCUGUCGGGGCAGCCCAUCCACAUCAUCCCGGCGUCCGCGCUCCACCACACGCCGCUGGCGCUCCACCACAUGCCCCACGCCAUCUACCCCACGCUGUUCGCCCCGCGGCCCACGUCGGCCGCCGCGGCCCUGCAGCUGCACCCCCUCCUGCACCCCAUCUUCUCCGGGCAGGACCUCCAGCACCCCCCCAACCACGGCUCCUGAGACGGGGGGCGCUCCACUGGAGAACAGACUCCAGCAGGGGAGAAGAGGGAGGAGGAGGAGGAGGAGGAGGACGAGAGGCAGAGAGAUCCACUUCAUGCCGGCCUCCUCCUGCGGCGUCUGACCUCACCCAGUCAGAGAAGGUGAUGGAGGAGGGGAAGGGAAGGGAGUGUGACUUCCUUCAGGACCGGCUCUCCUUCAGGCUGUUUGGACGAUGUGGCGUGACUCCCCAGCUGAUGUUCCUCCACUGGGGGGGGGGGGGUGCUGUCUAUGCAGGACAGAAGCAACGGGGCUGCUGCGGUCCCCAAGACCUGACCCCUCCUCACCUUAGGGGGGGGGGCGGGGGACUGUGAAUGGGCAGUGGUAUGGUGGUGGGCAGGGCAGGGGCUCUCAGAGGCAAGAUGGGAUAAUGCAGGAAUCCACUGGAGUAUUUUUUUUUUAUUAUUAUUAUUGUUUACUUCAAAUCCUGCUGUUGACAUUGGUCUCCUCUGUUUUGUGUUUUUUUGAACCACCCCCCCCCCCCAUCCCCACCACCACCCCAAGAGAACCUGGUAGGCUAAAGCCAUGAGGGGUUUGGGGAUGGAAGUUACGUUAACAGGCUUGUUUUUUGUGUGGCAUAUUAAUAUAUCUUGUCCUAAAAUAAGAAAUCUAAGCUUCAAAAAUAAUAUUACUGUUCUGCCUGUCAGCGGCAUUCUCUCUCUCUCUCUCUCUCUCUCUCUCUCUCUCUCUCCCCCACCCUCCCCCUAUAAAAUCAUGGUCACGCGCUGAAGCAAGAGGCCAGGCCUCUUCAGCAGAUGCAUUAUGUGGUACUUGAAUUUGUCGAUUCUAAAAUAUUAAUGUAGAGUAUUUAGCUAACAAAAGCCAUUGUUUUUCUUUUUCCAAGUCUUAAAACAUGUUGUUCUACAGCUGACUGAACAAAUGGUUCACUGUAAGUUCCUGGGACCCAAGGUCCUCCACUUGGACAAAGGGACACCCAGGAACACACUGGUUACACUGACUCGAAAUGUUAUGACGUUCUGAAUGUCAGUCACAAGCAGGAAGUGCCAGACCACUUCCCUCUCAUGCAAGGAAUGAAGUGCGUAGUGAGGUCACUGUUGGGUUUGUAGGUCAUUCUCCCACUAUGAUCAGAUUCUUUAACUCUUUUAACUUGCACUGAAAUUUACACAUGGAGAUGCUGUUUUUCUGCAUCAUGUAACAAUUGUAAUGAUUGUAGUAUACUGCAAUAAUUUUAUUUUCUAUUCUGAAGUUUUUUUUGUUUUGUUUUUUUUGUUUUUUUAUUUGAUGAUGUAUCAGAUGUAUCCUAAGAACAGGAUUCCCCUUUCUGGUGUAAUUUAGCUCACUGUAAAUAAGGUUGCUGUAGUUGAAGUCAAAUGUAAAGUUGUAGAGGUUUGUAAACCCCUGUACAAGAUAAAGAUGAUGAACACAAAAAAGAAAAAGAAAAAAAAAGAAAGAAAAAGGCAUGGAGGGAUGGGAAGCAAAAGGGUGGGGGGGGGGACGGUGUCCACUUUUGUCUCUGGAGGGGGGAAGGUGGUUAUAUGAAAUAUACUCUGUACAGGGCAGUAAUGAAAUCUGCUUUUAUAAUUUCUUAAAUGAGUCAUCAAAAUAAAGAAUUUCCAGUUGA